GAGAGAGAAAGCUGUCUCGUGAAGCAGCAGGUGGAGGAGGAGGAGAGUGGAACUGAGGAGGCAAAAGAAAUAUGAAACCCUCUUCUCUCUCUCUCUUCUCUUCUCCAUUCCUUCAUCUCUAGAACCCCAUUCCUCCCUCCCUCCCUCUCUCUCUCUCUCCACAGAUAUUACUCAGAAAACAACCCUCUUUCUCUCUCUAACAUUCACAUUCAUUCUUGGUUUAGCCCUAUUAAAAUCACGAGAUCCCCAUCUCUUUCUCUCUUUCCAUCCUCUCCCUCUCUCUCUCUUCAUGCACUCUUCAAGAACAUCUCCUCUCGUUUUAGCUACCUCUGCGUUCUUGUUACUUUUGUCAUAGUUCACGUUUCUUGGAAUACGGUGUGAAGGAUUCACCAAGUUGUUAUAUAUACGGGGGGCAUACGUAUAUAUAUACGGUGAGAGAGGAAACAGAGAGAGGUAGAGGAGUUGGAGGGGUGUGUGUCUGAAAAAUGUCGCUGCAUUCUGGGAAAACUAUGUCAGAACAAGGGCUGGAAACGCUCUCUCAUCGAUUGCGAAACACGUUGACUUGUGAUGAAGAAGACAGCGAGAUUAACGUUAACAAGCCGGAUUUCCGGGAACUCGAUCUGGGUUCGCCCGUUUCGCCGCUCCGAACCCGAAACGGUAGUGGGCAAGCUGCUACCACCACUAGUAGCAGUUCCAGUUCAUCCGGAUCGGUUUCGGGCCGGACAUUGCCCGGGCCUAACCCGAAUAUCCCGAGAAAGUCCGAUACCAACCCCAAAAGCCACUCGGGGGAGCUUUCUGUGGAGAGUUCUCCUUCACCAGCCCGGAACUUCAAGCCGGGUCAUACCCGGUCUCAUUCAUGUGGGUCCAACCAGCUGUUUUUCUCUGGUUCGGGGUCCGUCAACUCCCCGUCCCCAAAUGUAAUCCCCACCGGAAACAUUUGCCCCUCCGGCAGGGUCUUGAAGACCGGCAUGGCGAGUCGGUCGACGAAACCCGAUGUUCUGGGGUCCGGUUCUGGGAAUUACGGUCAUGGCAGCAUAAUCCGGGGUGGUCCUGUUUCUAAACCGGGUCCUGACAGCGGACCGACGAAUUACUCGAGAGGGCUAAUGGUUGGCGGGGAUCCGGGAAAGAGGAUGGUAUCCUGCAGUAGUAAUGAUCCGGAGGAGUUGAAGAGAAUGGGGAAUGAUAAUUACAAGAAGGGUCAUUUUGCUGAGGCGCUGACCCUUUAUGAGAAGGCAAUUGCGAUAUCGCCAAGCAAUGCUGCGUACCAUUGCAAUCGGGCUGCGGCGUUGAUGGUGCUGAAGCGGUUGGGUGAAGCGGUGAGGGAAUGUGAGGAGGCUAUUAGGUUGGAUCCGGGUUAUGUGAGGGCACACCAUCGAUUGGGAGCUUUGCUUCUUAGUUUAGGACAGGUUGAGAAUGCCAGGAAGCACAUUUGUUUUUCAGGGCACCAACCGGAUCCCGUCGAGUUGCAGAAGUUGCAGUCAGUCGAGAAGCAUCUGAACAAGUGUGCUGAUGCUCGGAGAGUUGGUGAUUGGAAAAGCACAUUGAGGGAAGUUGAUGCUGCCAUUGUUUGUGGAGCUGAUGCUUCGCCUCAGCUAUGUGCAUGUAGGGCUGAAGCUCUAUUGAAGCUCCACCAACAAGAUGAUGCUUUCUUAGCUUUGUCUAACAUCCCUAAAUCUGUGCCGUCUGCCAGUACCCAUUCCCUGGCCAAGAUUUUUGGGAUGCUUUCAGAUGCAUAUGUGUUCUUUGUUAGAACCCAGGUUGAAUUGUCCAGGGGAAGGUUCGACAGUGCACUUACAGCCAUUGAGAAAGCUGGACAGAUAGACCCCCAUAAUGUUGAAAUCUCAAUUCUACUUAACAACGUGAGGUUGGUUUGUCGAGCGCGUGCGCGGGGGAAUGAUUUAUUCAAGUCGGAAAGGUUCACCGAGGCCUGCUCGGCUUAUGGAGAAGGUCUUAGACUCGAUCCGACAAAUUCUGUUCUCUACUGCAAUAGAGCAGCUUGUUGGUAUAAGCUUGGUCAGUGGGAAAAGUCAGUUGAUGAUUGCAACCAAGCUCUCCGUAUCCAGCCAAACUACAUUAAAGCCCUACUGCGACGGGCCGCCUCAAACAGCAAGCUUGAACGCUGGAGCGAAGCUGUGAGAGACUAUGAGGUUUUGAGAAGAGAGCUCCCAGACGACAAUGAGGUCGCUGAAUCUCUAUUCCAUGCACAAAUCGCCCUGAGGAAAUCACGUGGAGAAGAGGUGCACAACAUGAAAUUCGGCGGUGAUGUGGAGUCCGUUUCUGGUCUUGAGCAGUUCCGAGCCGCAAUCUCCUCAUCUGGUGCCUCUGUCGUCCAUUUCAAAGCAAGUUCCAACGCGCAAUGCAAACAGAUAUCUCCAUUCUUGGACACACUAUGCUCCCGAUAUCCAUCCAUUAAUUUCCUCAAGGUGGAUAUCGACGAGAGCCCAGCAAUCGCUCACGCCGAAAAUGUCAGAAUAGUACCAACAUUCAAGAUAUACAGAAACGGCAGCCGAGUGAAGGAAAUGGUCUGCCCGAGUCAAGAGGUAUUGGAGUCGUCGGUGAGGCAUUACAGCAUUUAGAUACCUUUGUCCCAUUCUCUUCCUCUUGCAUCCUAAACCACCGAACAAGGUUAUCCAUUACCCAUGACACAUAACUAGAGCUUAUUAUUACAUGAAUCAUCUAAAGUAGGAGCCGUAUCCAGCCACAUUGCCGGUGGAAACUCAUAAAUGUAGCUUAGUUCCGAUUCGCUCGUUUUGUUCAUUCAUUCAUUGAUCUGAUCAUCCCAUCUCCGACCUCGUUAUAAUCUUUCCUGGAACCUCGUAUCUUACCAUCUUCUUUCAAACCGGCUACUUCCUAAUAUAAUGUUCAAUCGAUAAAAGACCGUCUUUUAUGUAAAAUUAUCUGUUCUUGGAGCUUGAAGAGGAGGGGGAUUGUCUUUUAGACAAGGAUUUGUACAUGCAUAUAUGAUGGAGAUAUACACACAACAUUGGAGGGCCCUUUUAAGGACAUGGAUUGUCUGGUGGUUUUAUGUUCUUGAAUGAAGAUGAUAUGUUAUCAUUUACAUUGAUGUUUUUUUCCAACCAUUUAAAAAAAUCAAUAAAGUUUCCCUUUUUUUUUUUUCUUUUUCAAAAUUUAUGUAAUUAUUUUCCUGCAACAUUGACCUUUUAUAUGAGACCUCCAUCUUAUUUCC